AUGUCAAGUGAACUAAAGGAUCUAAAGUUGCAGCAGCGACAGAUUCGAAGCACGUUCGACGGUGUGAAGCAGUUCAUCAAGGGAUUCAAGCGAGAGAAGCAUGAAGCACAUGUCGAAACCAGAUUGGAGAUGCUAGAAGGUGCAAUGAAGAAGAUGUACACAAUUAGAAGGAAAAUAGAUAUGAUCAUGGAAGAUGCAGAGGAGAAGGAGAGACAAGAGUCGAAGGAAGACCCAGGCAAUCGUGAGGCUCGACUAGCAGCACUCAGUGAAUGGCGGGAAGCUGAACAAUCUUCUGUCAUACAGCAAGCUGAAGACACUUACUGCGAGUUGAGGGCAUCAUUGCAGCGACUGCUUGGCCCAACGGCCCAUGCUUCAACGUCUUCGGAGUCAUCAACUGCACCAGUACCAAUAACUCCCAGUGCUUUCUCGAAGGUGAAGCUGCCAGAAAUUAAACUCCCGAAUUUUGGAGGCAAACUUCGAGAUUGGGUCACGUUCCGAGACAUGUUUAUAAGCCUAAUUCACCGCAACCACCAACUAACAGAGAUAGACAAAUUCACGUACCUUCGGUCAUCGCUUGUAGGCGACGCGCUGCAGGAAAUCUGUACUAUAGAGAUUUCAGCGGCGAACUACAAAAUAGCGUGGGAUCUGCUCCAGAAACGUUUCGAAAACAAGAAACUAAUUGUAAAGGCUCACCUUGAUGCACUUUUUGCUGUGGAACCAAUGAAACGCGAAUGUUACGACGGUUUGAGCCAUCUGCUCAGUGAGUAUGACCGGAAUCUGCAAAUGUUAGAUAAGAUCGGCGAAAACACUCAGAACUGGAGUACCAUCCUCGUCUACAUGAUGUGCUCUAGGCUAGACUCUGUUACUCUCCGCCAUUGGGAAUCGCACCAUUGUUCUAAGGAGGUUCCUACCUAUGAUGAGUUAGUCGAUUUUCUUCGCAAUCACUGUGCUGUACUUCAGUCGAUUGCCCCAGCCAAACCCUGCCAGACAGAGAUGAAGAAACCUCGUUUCACCGUCAGUCAUUCUCACGCGACAACUGAAGCUGCCAAUCGUUGUCCAUUCUGUGGGGAAGGUCCCCAUUCUGCGUUCAAAUGCCAAAGGUUCCAAAAGAUGAAGGUCACUGAGCGGUACGAGCACGUAAAGCGUCGUGGGCUGUGUUUAAAUUGUCUCUCUCCAUCGCAUAUGGUUCGAUUCUGUACAAAGGGUUUUUGCCAAUACUGUAGGCAGAAACAUCACACGCUUCUGCACAAUGGAGCGACGAACGGCGGAGCAGCUGCAUCAUCUAUACCGCAGAACAACUCCGUCCCGCAUGCGCAGAACAGACCAUCAAUAGCGAGCACUUCACAAACACAACCACAGCCACAGUACCAGACCACACACAGUCACAACACAGCACCCACUACGAACUCACUCCCUGUCGCACACACGAACUUGCAAUCACACUGUCACCAACCACCUACCACAGAUCACACUUCCUUGGGAAACACCAACACAUUGUCUGCUAACACCUACACUCCAGCACGACAAGUUUUGUUAUCCACCGCCAUGGUGCGAGUGAUUGAUCCUUACGGAAACGUCCAGUUUGCGAGAGCGCUUCUGGACUCAUGCUCCGAGUAUUGUUUUAUAACCACGAAUCUGUAUCAGAAGCUGAACUUACCCGAGAUGACCAGCUACCUGUCAGUUGCAGGAAUUGGAGGAUCGGUCGUUAAAUCGACGACGAUGGUAGAAGCAACGAUAACUCCAAGGUCUACCUACAUUUCCACAUACUGCGAAAACGUCAAGCUUCAUGUCCUGCCAAAGCUCACGUCCGAUUUACCAUUUCAAUCUGUCGAUAUUCAGCAACUGUCUAUUCCGGACGACAUCAACCUCGCGGAUCCCCGAUUCAACGAACCUGGCCCGGUAGAUAUUAUCAUAGGAGCAGAGUAUUAUUAUGAUCUGCUUACAGACGGAAAACUGAAGCUUUCAAAAGAUGGACCAACGCUGCAGAAAACAGUUUUUGGUUGGAUUGUAUCAGGUCGUGUAGCCAGUGGUACAGCUAGAGUUUCCAGAACCAUUUCGUACCCGUGUGCAUCGCUCGAUCUUCGUGAUCUACUUACAAAAUUUUGGGAACUGGAAUCAUGCAACAGCAAGAGCACUUUGUCAGUGGAGGAGUCGACGUGCGAAGAAUUUUUCGAUCAUACAACGGUGCGCGAUAAAGAUGGGAAAUUCGUUGUCACUCUUCCAAAGAAAGAUUAUCGAAUCAAGCAACUCGGAGAAUCAAAAGCCAUAGCGACAAGACGAUUUCUCGGACUGGAGAAACGACUCCACCAGAAACCUGAGUUGUUGCAACCAUAUACUGAAUUUAUCAGCGAAUAUUUACGGCUCGGACACAUGAAGCUUGUGUCCGAUGAAGUUGAACCAAACCCAGUAUAUUAUUUACCGCACCACGCGGUCUUGAAGCCAGACAGCACUACUACUAGACUGCGUGUUGUCUUUGAUGCUUCGUGCAAAACGACUAGUGGCAUCUUCCUCAACGAUGCGCUCAUGGUCGGACCCGUGGUCCAAGAGGAUCUAUUAUCUAUCUCCAUUCGUUUUCGGUUCCACCGAAUGGCUAUUGUUGCGGACAUAGAAAAAAUGUACCGCAUGGUAAAGGUUCAGCCGAGCGACCAGCAUUUCCAACGAAUCUUGUGGAGGAAUUUUGCUGAUGAACCAAUCCGUACGUAUGAGCUAACUACGGUCACGUACGGAACUGCAUCCGCUCCAUAUUUAGCAACUAAAUGCCUUCAAACGCUGGCAAUAGAAGGAGCAGCUAGCUACCCUAAUGCUGCUAAGUCUCUAAAGGAAGACUUUUACGUCGACGACAUGUUGACAGGAGUGGACACAAUCGAAGAUGGAAAGUUGUUGGUCCAGGAGAUGGUAGAAUUGACCGAGUCGGGAGGAUUCACCUUGAGGAAGUGGGUGUCUAACGAACCACAACUCCUAGAAGACUUGCCGGAAAACUUGCUCGAUGAUCGCACCACGCUGGAGUUAGAUUCGUCCAGUUCACCUGUAAAGACCUUGGGAUUGCUGUGGGAGCAUCGGUCCGAUAGAUUCAUGUUUCGAUCACCCACAUGGAACGAUCAUUUUCCCAUUACAAAACGAAUCGUCCUAGCCGAUGCAGCUCGUCUAUUUGAUCCUCUUGGUCUGAUUGGCCCCGUGAUAGUACAAGCCAAAAUCUUUCUUCAGCAACUAUGGAAGCAGAAGUGCGAUUGGGAUGAACCACUUGCAACCGAAUCCCAGAACUUCUGGCUGGAAUAUCGAAGAAACCUCCUUGCGCUGGAAUCGCUUCACGUUCCACGUUGGACAGGAUUCAGCACUACCUCCGUCAGUUCAGAGAUCCAUGGGUUUUGUGACGCCUCGGAAGUCGCCUAUGGAGCAUGUCUCUACCUCCGGAGCACAUCGGCCGAUGGAUCAGUCACCGUACGGUUGAUCACGGCGAAAUCACGGGUUGCACCACUAGAAGAUCCAGAUCGAAAGAAAAAAAGGCAAUCAAUCCCUCGAUUGGAGCUCUCGUCGGCCUUACUCCUAAGUCACUUGUACGGAAAACUCGUCUGUAGUAUUCAAACGCCCAUGCCGGCGUAUUUCUGGACGGAUUCAAUGAUUGUCAAAUGUUGGCUGUCCUCGCUUCCAUCCCGUUGGCAACCAUUUGUCGCCAACCGCGUGUCAGAGAUUCAACACAUUACCAGAUCAGGUGUUUGGAAUCACGUGGCCGGUGUGGAGAACCCGGCAGACAUAAUUUCGCGGGGCAUGGCGCCCGCCCAACUUCAAUAUCAGAAGCGUUGGUUUGAAGGCCCACAGUGGGUUAGUCAUGACCGCAGUACAUGGCCCAUAACCACAGAAGUUCUUCUAGAACCUGACCAAUCGUUGCUAGAAGAAAAAUCAUCAGUGACUCUUUCCACUCGAGCAAAGCCACCAAACGAACUUUUCUCGCUACGCUCGUCAUUUCCAGACCUUGUUCACAUGACAGGGUGGAUUCGUCGAUUUGUGUACAAUACUAAAGCAGGCAGUGUAUCACAUAGACGCAGAGGUCAAUUAUCGUUCGUCGAAUAUGAGGAAGCAGUCACCGCUUUGGUCCGGUUGGCGCAACAGGAGAGCUUUCCGGAAGAAAUCAGUCAUUUAGCAAAAGGUCGACAAGUGCAAUCGUCGUCCAUACUUAUUAGUUAUGAUCCCCAGCUAGUAGAUGGAAUCAUACGCCUGGGUGGGCGGUUAGCACACGCGCCCAUCCCCGAAACCCGCAAACAUCCCAUGAUUUUACAUCAUCAGCACCCUCUGACCAAACUUAUCAUCAGUCACUAUCAUCGGAAAUUGUUUCACGCCGGUCAGCAGUUAUUAAUAGCAUCGGUCAGGGAGAAGUUUUGGCCCACUCGAAUUCGGGACCUCGCUCGAAGAACAAUUCACCAGUGUGUGCAAUGCUUUCGGAGCAAACCAAAGGUACACGAGCAGAUCAUGGCAGAUCUGCCCUCUGUCAGAGUAAAUCCAGCAGCCGUGUUUCAGAAAGUAGGCGUAGAUCUCUGCGGCCCGUUCUAUAUUCGUUAUCCCGUUCGCCGCAGCGUUCCCGUGAAGUGCUUUGUGGGUAUCUUCAUCUGCCUCGCAACCAAAGCAGUGCACAUAGAGAUUGUCGCAGACUUAUCUACGCAGGCAUUUCUCGCAGCAUUUAGAAGAUUUGUAGCCAUCCGCGGCAGACCACGUCUGGUGAUGUGCGACAAUGCCACAAACUUUGUGGGAGCAAACCGGGAGCUUAAGGAACUCCGCCAGCAGCUCAAUGACCAACAGUUUCAAUACUCAAUGAUUCGUGCAGCAGAAGAUGAUGGAAUCGAGUUCAAAUUCAUUCCGGCCCGAUCCCCCAACUUCGGAGGGUUGUGGGAAGCGGCUGUGAAAUCAUUUAAGGGUCAUUUCCGUCGUACAAUUGGCAACAAUCCAUUAUCGUACGAUGAGCUUCAUACCAUAGUGCAACAAGUAGCAGCAAUAUUGAACUCUCGUCCUUUGACACCGUUAAGCAACGACCCGCAUGACUAUACAGCCCUAACUCCCGGGCACUUUCUGACUGGCAGACCACUCACCGCUGUUCCAGAACCGGACCUACAAGAUAUUCCGGAAAAUCGAUUGGCGCUUUGGCAGCGAAGCCAAGCUUACGUGCAGCGGAUCUGGCGAAAAUGGAAGACGGAAUACUUAUCGAGUUUACAAGCCAGAACAAAAUGGACCAAGAAGCGGGACAACAUCAAAAUCGGAACGAUGGUGCUUGUCAAGGAGGAAAACUUACCUCCCCAGAAAUGGAGAUUGGGACGUGUGGCGGAAGUGUUCUUCAGUACCGAUGGAAACAUACGCGUCGUGACUGUCCGCACCAAGGAUGGUUUGACCAUGUGCUACCGGACACCUCCCCCAACAUCGAUCAACUUCUUUAGAGUCCCUUAG